GAGAUUUCAAGGAGACAAAUAUGACCUUCACAAUAGGCAUGAUAUUAGGAUCAGUAAAGACCACUGGGGGUCCACAUGGCCAGUCAGAAACAUCUGUACAGCUUAAAACAAAAUUUGUAGUGAAAUCAUUGAAAUUGUAGAAAUUAUUUCCUACAGACAAGAGCACACAGAACAACAUUCUCCUUUAAGCCACACCCAUUUCAGUUUCACUAAACACGAAGGCGAUACUACUGGGGGCAGCUAUAAUGUCUUUGCAACACAGUUGGUCUAAGCAGUCCAGGCUCUGAUAACAUGCGGAAUGAAUCGCUGGCUCAGGAAGUUUCCCAGAUGAGGAUUCGCCACCAGGAAGAGCUCACCGAACUGCACAAAAAGCGCGGUGAGCUUGCGCAAAAUGUAAUUGACCUCAACAGCCAACUGCAACAAAAGGACCGAGAGAUCCACGCAAAUGAAGCAAAGAUGCUGGAAUACGAGAAGCAGAUCCAGCAGCUGCAGGUGGAGUGUCAGGACCUGCGGAACAACCUGCAGGACCUGGGACAAGCUAAUCAAACGCUGAAGGACGAAUAUGACGCUCUGCAGAUCACAUUCAACGCCCUGGAGGAGAAGCUGCGGAAAACGUCUGAUGAGAACAGGGAGCUGAUCACCCGGUGGAUGGCUGAGAAAGCGCAGGAAGCAAAUCGGCUGAAUGCUGAAAAUGAUAAAGAUACCUGGAGACGUCAGGCCAAACUGAAAAAGGAACUUGCAGAGGCUGCCAAGGAACCAUUGAAUAUUGACCCUGAUGAUGACAUUGAGGUGCUGGGUGAGGAAGGCCCUGACACAGGCAGCGAAACGUCACCCGUGCGAGGAACAAAUAGGACUAGUAGGCGGACAUCACAGGCAUCUGGACUCUUGGAUUCUAUUACUAAUAUUUUUGGAAAGCGUUCACCCACUUUUCAUGGGAUCACGACUGAGGCCACAGAGUGUCGUACGGGACCUUGCAGCGAGAUGCGACUGCCCAACACAGCUCUCCACGUGUUUGACGCUCAUGAUGGGGAGGUGAACUCAGUCAAAUUCAGCCCAGCCUCGCGGGUGGUGGUCACUGGCGGAACAGAUCGGAAAGUUAAACUAUGGGAAGUCUCUUUAGGAAAGUGUGAGUUGAAAGGAUCUCUAACUGGGAGCAAUGCUGGAAUUACAAGUCUUGAAUUUGACAGUACGGGUGCUUACCUGUUAGCAGCCUCCAAUGACUUUGCCAGCAGAAUCUGGACAGUGGACGACUCCAGGUUACGACAUACCUUGACAGGGCACAGUGGCAAAGUUCUGUCUGCAAAAUUCCUUCUGGACAACGCCCGGAUUGUAUCAGGCAGCCACGAUAGGACCCUCAAACUCUGGGACUUGAGUCGUAAGAUCUGUAUAAAGACUGUGUUUGCUGGCUCGAGCUGCAAUGACAUUGUUUGUACAGAUCAAUGUGUUAUGAGUGGGCACUUUGAUAAGAAGAUUCGCUUUUGGGACAUCAGAACAGAAAGCAUUGUGCGUGAGAUGGAACUGCAGGGCCGUGUGACGUCCCUAGACCUUAGCCCCGAACGGUCAGAGCUCCUCACUUGCUCCAGGGACGACCUGUUGAAGAUCAUUGACCUGCGGACGAACGUUAUACGGCAGACCUUUAGUACGCAAGGAUUCAAGUGUGGGUCUGAUUGGACAAGAGUAACAUUCAGUCCUGAUGGGAAAUUUGUGGCGGCUGGAUCCUCGGAUGGAGUGCUUUACAUAUGGAAUGUGGAAUCUGGAAAAGUGGAACGAAGCUUAGGAAAACACCACAGCUCAUCGAUAAAUGCAGUGGCGUGGUCACCAUCUGGGGAGUUUGUGAUCAGCGCAGACAAAGGAAACCGAGCAGUACUCUGGUCAGAACUGUGAUUGAGCCCUGAUUGGGAGCAGCUCUUCUGUGAGAUGCACUUUCUGGUCACGGCGUGGGUCGUCAGCACUGAGCAUGCUCCACUUUACAAUGCACAAAUGGAGGAUGGGCAUCUGCUGUAUAUAAGUGACUGCUGCAAAGAUGCUAAGACAAUGUUGUGAAUUUUUUGUACAUUUGCAAUUAUUUGCAAGAAGUGUAACUUUGCCAGAGUAUAUUGCUUUUUGAAACCGCACAGGAUCUGUGCUGAGAAACCAGCUCUUUAAUUCAAGAACGUAUUAUGUUGCUUCCAUACGUGUUCAUCUGGAACAUUGGUUGAGCUGUCUUUACCUGCAGUGGUCAGGAAGGAUAUAUAGUGGUUCCUGCCUGCUCGUCCGUCGUUGGUUUCAUUGAGGACAAAGAUUAAGGCAUGCUGCUUGUACCUUUCUUUCCACCACCCAGUGGCAAGUACAGUGGAUACUUUUAACAUUUGAUUUCUUGACCGGCGAGGGAAGAAAUGUUCCAACCGAGAGUUAUUGGAAACUUUUAUUUAAAAAGUGUGAGCUGGUUGUGGUGGGUGGGAGUGUUGCAGAGAGGCUUGAAUUUUCUCCCCUUCUCUACUGACUUGUUGGGCAAUGGUUCUAUUGUGCAGUUGCUCUACAGUGAUAGGCUGCUUGCCCUUCUGGGAAACACAACUGGGUUUGAGCCUUUCCAAGUUGGGGGUGGGGGGGUUUGGGGGGAGAAGGAGGAGCGUCACAAAAUAGCGAUCAGGAACAAAGACGUUUUUUUUAAUUGAAGUUAACUAGCAGCCCAAACAUGCUUGCUGAAUCCAAAGACUUGAGGAAAGGUAAGCGUACGUCGUGGAUCAAUCAGAUAUCAUUACGGAUGUUUGUUUCAUGGUGCUGGUGGUCCCUGGAAGGUGAAAGUCAAUUACCCAGACGCAGACUGCUUUUUUUAAAAAAAGCAGAAUCUUCAUCAAGUACCUGAACUAUCUCACUUUAUAAAUUGUUUGAAAAAGAACCGUCUGAUUUCCAGUAACUGUUCCAGCUAACAGAAUGGGUGGUCCACAAAAUGGGAGGUCAGAAUAAGAUGUGCUGUUCCGACAAUUGUGGGUUGAGUAGGGUGCAUCCUACCCAUGCUAUAUCGUACCUUUGAAUGCUUCAUGGGACAGUAUGGAUGGAACUUUACUCCGUGUUUAACUUGUUCUAUAUUUUAUCUGGGAGCCCUUGAUGCUGAAAUGGAGAGCAAAAGUGGCAAUGAGUUUAAGAUAACACUAAGUUAGUCUCUCCAACACAGUGUUAAUAAUAAUCUAGGUGUCUAAUUCAGUGGAUGAUGACAGCACAUUGAAGUGAUCGGAUAUGGGUUUCCACUGUGGCAAUUAAUAGGUUAGUUCCAGAUGAGAGAUGUGCUGUGUGAGCAUGCUGGAGCAGAGCCAUAUGUGAGGACGGGAAAUCUGAGCAAGACCCCAGGCAUUCCCUUCUCUCUGGCCAAUAGCAUUCUGUUUUUAUUGGUUGCAAGGUAAGUUAUGGUUUGUAAAUCCGAGAUGACCACAACCUCUUUUAAACAUAUGAAAACAAUGAAAAUAAAACAAAAAAUAAAAUAAGUUGUGUUAAUCCAUACUGUAGUUCCAGACCCAUUCUGUCAUUUCAUCCCCAGACAAAGUUUUGAUUCUAGCCUUUCCUCUUAAAAAUAAGGAAUGCUUCUGCUGCCAGCACUUGUGUUUGCCAAAUACAGUACAUCUGAUAUUACAGUGUUAGAGAAUAAUGAACAUGUUUAAUGAAGGAGGGAACACUACCCCUUCUCUGAAACACACUAAUAUAUUGAUGUGUCUUUAAAUUCCAGAAGAUGGUAACCUUAUCUGAGCACAGACCCUCUGGCAAUGGCAAGCUAUAUGGGUUUAGCCUGUUAGACUCCAGCAGUACCCCAACACACACAUUGGGGUCCCCAAACCUUGGCUCUCACCAACUUGCGCCUAAUACUCUCUGGAAUUAAGUCAGCAGAAUACAUCCUUCCCCCGGGAAAGAGUGCACAUUCUAUUCCAAUAAAUAUCUUGGGAAUGUCCAUAUAUAUGUGGGAUGCAUGGAUCUCUGGUUUGAAUACUCUUAAGCAUGAUGAUGGGUUUCUGGCUCAGCUGUUUAGAUGUGUUAAGAAAUUAUAUCUAUCCCAUAUAAAGGAAAUGCAUUUCUGGUAUUGAUUGCCCUCAGGGAGCAAAGAAACAACUGGGUGUAAAAGAUCUAUUGUCUGGUGUACUUAGUUAACUGCUGUGUUUAAAUUGUUUCCUGUUUAUCGGUGCUUUUUGAGUGUCCUUCACAACAUCUUUUAUUUUCCUGCUGAAGAGUAGCAUUCCCUCUUGUAAACCUCUUGUACUCACCAUCCACCUCACUGCCUGGCAUUGCUGCUGAAGUGAAACUUCUUUUUAAAUAAAGUAAGUUCUGAAAGCUA